UGUGUAGAGACGAAAUUUUAAAUGGGUUAGAAGGAACUUGAUGGAUAGAGCUAAACUGGUUUGGUGAAGAAAGCUAUGCUAUAUUCUUUAAUACAAACAUAUCUGAAAGAAAACGGCGUUGUAGGCAGCAAGAACCGUAUGUUACAACGCACGUGGACUCGUAUAUCAGUUGUAAUGUAACCAGUUAGUAAGCUACCUUCACAGUCUCGUGCUUGAUCGAACGAUGUUAAAUCUUCGCGAUUCUGCUGGCUUGUGAUAAAUGGUUGGAUUGAAUAGUGCAACUGGGGACCAACGAUGACCUCUCUUGAUGAGAUAUAGCAACAUAAGAACUACAACUGGACUGUUGAAUUUGCUACUAUUUAUCCUACUCGUAGCCAUAUCUUUGGAUGCUGCUGCCAGCUAGCUAACUUAAUUUCUUGCAACUAAUGAAUAGCUAAACGCCUAAAAUGCCACUGCAAAUAGGUGACUUGGUCGACAUGCCGGUAGCUAAUCACGUGGUUACUUAUAUGUACACGGGGGUACAACCAUAGCUUUAAUAUGAAUGACCAGGUUCCCAUAUGAUUGAGAAGCAGCUAUAGUUAACUAGCUACUCCCACACUGCAAUUUGGUCUCGCACUGGCGGCCUCCGAGUUACAGUUCACGCAGUCUAGCUAGCUGAAUUUCUACUACUUGUCAAGAAUAGGAGGCGGUGGCAGCUGUGGUGUACAUUUCUGCGUUCUUUAUAGAGAUCAAUGCCAGGGUGAAAUACUGCAGUUCAUGUUUCAACAAGAAGUCAGUGUACUAUCUUUUAUUUCUGUCUUGUUCUUACCUUUUCCAAAACGAGAAGAGGAAUAUGUCUAGAUAUAACAUUUACAGUCUUUUAGACUGGUUGUAUGGCGGCGUGGACCCAAAGUUUGAAGGCAACGGGGGCCCAGAAUGUGCUGCCUUUCUUGCACCCCAACAACGUAUCGGCGAGAGUUUUGUCAUGGUUCUGAUUUCCAUCGUGGAAGUUGUCGUCGCACUGAGGAAAAUCAACAUUUCUAAAGAACUCAAAGAGAUAGCGAAAGAUGGUCCAAGCAUAAAAGAGGACAGUUUGGGCAAGAACCUGUUGCUGGUUGCUUUGUGUAUGACGUUUGGAGUUGAGGUUGGAUUCAAAUUCGCCAAAAAGACAGUGAUAUACCUAUUGAAUCCUUGUCAUGUUGUGACCAUGUUGCAGAUCUUCUUGCUGGCCUGUCCGCCAUGUAAAACAGCCAUGGUCCUCUUUAGGCUUCAGGUCCAUAUGCUGAAUGGUGCCCUACUGGCCCUUGUCUUCCCUGUGGUCAACACUAGGCUGCUUCCAUUUGAGAAGGAGGUCUACUACAUCCAGCAUUCCUUGCUCUACCUGGUGCCUGUAUACCUCUUCAGGAAAGGAGGUGUGUACAAGCCGGAGCCCCUGGGGGACAUGUGGUGGGCUAUCCUCUCCACUGGCAUCCUGUUCCUUUAUCACUUCCUGUUCCUGCAGGGCCUGGGCCUGGUAAGAUUGAUGGAGGGAGCCCUCUACUGGACACUCGGUGCAACUCCUCUUCACUCGCUCUGAAAAGAGAGAUGACCGAGGUCAAUCUGAACAACAUGCUGUGUCCAGCAGUGUCAGAUCCAUUUUAUGGGCCUUGGUACCGGGUUUGGGCUGCGGGUCACCAGACCCUGUUGACCCUGGUCCAUGGGAAGGCCCUGACCCUCCUCUCCCACCACACCGGCCCCACCUGCAGGUACUUGCUGGACACCGCCAGACUGCGCAGCAAGAAGAUUGACUGAACAUCCACACACAGAGACAAACACGAACGUAGCCUUUUCCAAUCCAAAUGCCUGUUAUGUUGGGAUUUUCUAUCCACAUUUUUAAUGCAUCUGUACCACCUUUACCAUAUUUAUUUACUGUAAAGAAAUAAUAAUUUCAGAGUCAAUGAAAUAUCAUUCCUUUAGUGUUUGUGUUGGAUUGCAUUAUAUGCAUGCACAAUCAUGGGCGCCUGAUUUUGUCUGAAAGUGGGGGUACAAAUGCUUAGAAGGAGGGUUGACUUUUUUUGGCACCGUUUGAAGCGCUGUCACCAUAAACAUUAAAACAAUUUACUUGUC